AUGGCUCCAUCACUGCCAAAACUCACGCCCGAGCAGAUACGAGCUCUUGAUCCGAAUGAGCCUCCCGUGAUUGAAGUAUUAAAUCAAGGACAGAGUUUCUUCUCGAAUAUGAAAGUACAUUAUUGUGAUGUACAUCCGGUAAAGUCUUGGGUGGUUUUUGCGGAUAAGAGAGGAUCCGUCUAUUUGUUUGAUUACAUUCAAAAUGAUUUGUUACAUACCUUCUCGUUGAAUUCAAUGUUUGAGAGUAAGAAGGAGGAAACGAAUUUAUAUCGGACUCUUGAUAAGAAUUUUAAAAACGUACAACUUCCGUAUUGGUAUGAUGAGGAAUUAUUUACAAAGAAUGAAAAGUUUGGAGAUUUGAAAUCAGUGAGAUUCUAUGAUGAGCAUGUUCAAUAUUGGAAGCUCAGACAAUUAAAUUCCAUGAUGGGAUCUGACUCGAAUCAACAACAGCAAGUACAGAUACCGACAUCAGCCCGAACUAUUGAUGAUGACGAGGAUAGAUCCAGAAUGGUCGGAGUGAAUGGAAAUGUUAUUGGUGGAAAUUUAGUCAAUGAUAGACCUCCAAAGUGUUUGGUUCUUCAAACAGAUUCUAGAAUCAUCAUGUUGAGAUAUGAUGAAGUGAGCUCAUUGCUCUUCUUUUUUGAUGACGUCAAAUCGAGUCAGUUAGACAACAAGACCAUUACAUGCUUUGACUUUUUAUACAGGCAACCUGUUAUGGCAAUAGGAUGCAGCGAUGGAUCUGUGAGAUUCUGGGAUUUUCAACAACGUAGAGUGCUCAACAAGGUGAUUAACGCUCAUCCAAAAAGUGUGUCACACAUUUUAACUGUACCCAAAGAGGAUCCUUUCAGCAAGUACCCUGGACUUGUGACUUGCUCUACCGAUGGACAUUUAUCACUGUGGAACUUAGACACUGAUAAAGCUGAAUACACAGAACAAAAAUGCCAGCAGGGCAUUUCAAGUAUAAUUCUAGAUCCUCAUACUGGAUAUUUAAUAACUGCUGGAAAUGACAAGACAAUUGCAUUGAGAGGAGUCAAUUCUGGUAAGAUUAUCAAGCAAACCAAAACCAAAGUACCAAUGAAACACUUGGCCAUGGUCACAACAUGCAAUUGUAAUCCCUCGUGGCUUCUAAUGUUAGAAAAUAAGAAACAAAAGAGAAGUCUUUUCAGAAUGUCAGCCACUUUGAAUACAGACCCAGUCAUUUUUGACAAGUCCAUUGUGGAUGUAGAAUCUCUCGCACCCUCUCAUCACAAGGAUGCUAAAUUCUAUACCAUCCAUCAACAUCCUCUGAAUCAUGAUGUCAUUUUCUUGGGAACCAGCUUUGGAUUGUUAAUGACAAAGAUGGAUUACAAUAGAAAACCACCAGUCUGUUCGGGAUUUUUCAGACCAGAAUUAUUUAGUGCACCUCUCAUUGAACAAACUUCUCCACCGUUGGACCCAUCUCUUUUUAACAUUGAGGUUCCUGAAGACAAAAGGAAAUUUGUCUUGUAUGUGAGAGAAAAAACAAUCUAUCAGAGAUUUAUUGAAACCAAUUCUGAUGGAAAGAAGGAUCUCUCAAAUGAAAAGCCUGUACAUAACUUGGGAAAAUUGGCAAACGUUAAAUUGGAUGUCAGUUAUAGCGGAAGAUAUGUUUCUGCAUUAAUAGAAAGUGAAAGAGAAUAUUUCAUUUUUGACAUUUUUGCCAAGGAUACCUGGAAAAUUGUUGCAUCAGAGAGAGACUGCUCACACAUUGUUUGGAGUUCUUCCAGUGACACUUUUGCCAUACUUAAAGGUGGAUUUACCACGAAAAAAGUCUCGAUCAAGAGGAUUGAAAACACAAGUGUGAAACUUGUUCAUGAAAGCAUCCCAACAUUUGGUGGUAGCAUUGAUGAAAUUUUCGGUGGCUUAUUAUUAGGUGUACGAUAUACAAAUUAUGCUGAUGAGAAUGGUUACCAAUUGUUCACAUGGGAAGGCUCCGAUGCUUUUGGGCAAGAGGUAUCUGAACCCUAUUUACCAAAACCUUCAUUUGUUGCUUGGGAUUCACUUUCUGGAAAGUGUUUAAUGGCCUAUCCAGACUCAUACUCUAUCUUUGCAUGUAAACCAACAUUCAAAAUGGAAUACUACGUUGAAGAAAAAAUUCAAAACGCUUUUUGGUGGAACUCGACAUUAUUUGUAAACACAGAGCACGAUAUUAAGGCAGUAUUCGUCACUAGUGGAAAAAUAUUUUCUACUGUGUUAGCGAGUCUAGAUGUUGCCAUUUAUUCACAAAUUUCGCAAAAAACACCUCUUGACGAGCAAAGUAGUUUGGAUCCAAUACCAUUACCAAAACCCAAAGGUGUUAUUUCUUUUAUGGAUGUUGUUGGAGAUAAUCUCUAUGUAUUGGACUAUUUAUCACAAAUUUACAAUAUUAACAACAUUGCCAUUACUCCAAGCAUCAAAUUUAGAAUGUUGGUUGCAGCUGGUUUAACAAAGAAGGCUAUGGAAUGGAUUCCAUUUAUUGCUCAAGAAAUACACGACUAUUUGGCUGACUUUUUAUGUGCUUUUGGAUACACACGAGAGGCUUGUUCCAUUGAUUCUUUAUCCUCCUACAAGAGAUUAUUACUUUGUUAUGAACAUGGUCAUAUUAAGUAUGGAUUAGAUGCCCUGACCUAUUUGGAUGAGCACAGAUACUUCUUUAAAACAGAUAAUAUUCAUUCGUCUAGCAAGACACAAGAAGAUGAUAUUGACCUUGCUCGAUUAUUUGUGAGACUUGGAUCAGUAGGAGAAAAGAGAUUGGAUACCUACGCAACCACCACUCCUCAUUACAACAAUCAUUUAUUACGACCUGCUACAACAGAAGAAGAAAUUGCAACAUCCAAUCAACAAGAUGAUCAAGAUCAUGAAUUGACACGUCAAGAAGCUCUAAAUAUUAUUGAACAGAGUUACCGUAGGGCCUCAGUACUCGAUCCAAGCACCUUUUCACAUCUCAUCAUAUUUUGCUCGAAAUACUUCCCUGAAAAGUUAGAUGAUAUUCGAAAUGACAUGACCUCCAAGAUGGAAUCAGCUUCAGAGGAUGAACAGGCUGUGUACAGACAAUCACUUACGAUGCUUGCGCUUGUCACCAAAGACUUUGGAAUGGCCACAGCGUUGUUUGAACAGUCCAACAAGUUUAGCCAGGCUGCCACUUUGGACAACUCUCUGGUUCACAAAUGGUCAGAAUAUUUGAAUGCCAAGCCUAAUGCUUUGCCUGUGGGUAUUCUCCAAUAA